CUGUUAAGUUUAAGUUAAGGGCGACAACCCUACCAUCAGCUGUUUGGUUAUGUCAAUUGAGUUUUCACUUUAACCAUUGAAAAAAUUUAAUAAACAAUGCUACAAAUAACGAAAAUCUGCCUGGCUGCCGCUUCCACAUUUUCAGCUCGGAGAGGUAUUGCUGUAUCUGCCGCCCGAUCCAUUGAUCAAAAGUGGCGUGCAGAGAAGGGUUUGCCGGAAAACCCAAAUGCCUUCGGCCCACUUACCAAUUCCCCAGACUUCACAUACCUAGAUGGCAGACCUACGCCCCUGGGAGCCAACCAGAAGAGACGACUGCUGAAGCAGCAGGAAAUCGCCGCCAGAAUCGUGGAGCUUAGUGGGGAGCUUGAGUUUGCCAAGCAGCGACAUGAACGCCUCAAGCAAAGCGCCGAAUCCGAAAAGCAGCGCCUUAUCCAAAACAAAUUGAAGCCCAAGGGCCACCUGCUAUUUAAACAAAAAAAAUAGCCUCCUAAUCCUAGCCUGUAUAAGUUAAUUUAAGUCGCUUAAUGAAUGGAGACGAAAUUAAACGAUGGUCUUGUGAUGUGGACACAUGUUUGCCCAAAA